AUGAUGCGCCGAACUUUUAUUUGCAUUUCUGUGAAUAAAAUUCCUUUUGUGUUGUGCGGCUCGCGCUACGCACCAAUAUUGAAUCAAAUGGGGGCGCAGGGGAGAGACAUCAAGAGAGAAUUUCUUCAGGCUUCGCUCUCUUCACCUAUCGUUGGUGUUGAGGAGGAUUCUUUGGCGCUCUCCAACGUGGGGUUGCGAAAAAGACAGAAAAAGAAGGCAUUUGACGCUCUUGUUCACUGGUGUGCCACACACCAACAAUCUGCUGCGAAAGCGUUCUUAUUGGAGGAUGCUUCAGACAAGACGGUGCCUUCUGUGUGUUCCUCGCCCUCUCUGGAGUCUAAUAAAGCCGCUUUACAGUGGCUGCAGGAGUCUUCAGACAGUCUCACUUGCGGGCAAUCUCUUCUUGUGUGCAGUUUUGUGUCUGAGGUGCUUCUUUGUCGCUUGGAUGCCGCUGCUGCAGUCGGACGACGAGGGGAAGGAACCGUAACGGAAACGAACCCGUUGAUUCAGGAGCAAGUAAGAGCAUUCACAAACAGGAUAGUGACGUUGCUUCGGCGUGCCAUUGAAAGCGACAAGUUGGAGAUGCAGCCCCUUGCUAUUCUCAUGGGUUGCGCUUACGGCCUGCAUCGGCUUUCAUGUGUGGAAAGUCCAUUUCUUGGCGAGGCUGAGAAGGUGUUGUUAAAAAUACCCCCGGCAUUAAUGUUUGCCAUUUUACGUCAGUUGCGUGGCGACGAGUUAAGGAAACUUUUUCAACUGGAUGAGCAGGUCGCUGUAAAUGUUUGCUUGACAUUUUUGCUUCUCGCGAAUGAAGAGCGCCGUCAGGCGUUUCUUUCUGGAGGCGACACGGUGAUUGUGAACGCUGUUCUCCGCCGUCUUUUGCGAAGCAUCGUCCCACUACUGAAGCAAUUGGAUGGGACGGAUGAGGAGUCUCUCUUGGGUCUUGCAAACGAUGUCUCCUCGAAGGGUUCCUCGUCGUUGCCUUCCGAUUUGCAAGGAGAGGUUGCCUAUUCCCCGUCCAUGGAAGAAUGUGCGGUUAUUAUGCAAAACAUUGCCUUUAGUUCCAUGACGUCUCGUCUGGAGAUGUUGUCGUAUCUGUUACGCAUACGGAGGAAACCCGCGCAUUACACUCGGCAAGAACUGCAGAUGCUUCCUGUUUUGCUACAGACAGCGUCAAAUAUCCGCACGGCAGAGGCGCGGUCGCUCUGUACGAAGAUUAUCGCCGAGGUCCCGAUUCCGGCUGACGACCCCGUACUUGUGGCACAUCUUCUUAGUUUCGCUUCCUCCAAUAGGGUCCGUUAUCUUAACUGCUUGGAAACCGUAGCGACGGAAAAUCUUUCAGAAGAAGAUGCGCUACACAUCAUUUUUUGGGCUGGUGCACACCUUCGGUUGGAGACCCUUCAACGCCUUACUGCAUUCAUCUUGGGUAAAGAAACGGGUGCCAAAUCAUCUUCAACAUCCAGUUCAAAGCUUGUAUUGAAUGGGGCAAUAGAAUGCAUUGUGAGAGCAUUCUUGACCCGCUUGAUGGACUCGACUCCGGGUGCUGAAAGGGAUGUGAUCCAGAAUUACCUGACGGAGCUGGUGGAUCGUGUGGAUUGGGCCGGAAGCACCCUGCCCACUUCAGUCAAGUUGGCGCUGGAACGUCUAACGUUAUUAAAGGAACUCUCGAAUUGUGGAUUUUCCAUACACGCUCCAGAAGUGGUGAUGGCAUUGGGGGAAAAAGCAUUGGAUCUUGAAUCCGGUUGCAGCAUGGCCAGCACACUUAAAUGUGUCACAGAGGCAUUACCGUUGUUGCCUGACGUUGAACGACGCCGAAAAUUGGUCGAGUGCAUGAUUUCUUACAGUGGUACUCGAUCGACGUCCUCCAUAAUACGUUUUGUGGCGUUUCUAGCGCCCCUGUCUGUUGAACACGGGCUGAGCAAUAGUGAGCUGGUUCAGCUGCUCCUUAAACUGCAAACGCUGAAUCCCCUUAAGUUGCGUCAGAAUUUUAUUGAGGGGUUGCCGAGGGGUGGUGAUGACGCGUUCACGUUGUUUGUGCUUAACGCAAUGAAUUACCUCUUGGCGAGUGGGGAAUGGCGCACGUCGACGGACCGCAUCCGUGAGACGGUGACACCGUGGAUCCACGAAUACCUCAAUCACGUGAUGAAUCUUUCCCGAAGACAGAAGAUGAAAAGCGAAUUAAUCCACGUUGAGUGCAAAGAAGAGAACUCGGCCCUCCAUGAAGGGGAUCUGGAGGCAACUAUCCCUGACGGUCCAACUCCGGAACGUCUUGAGGAGGUGUUUUCUUGUUUGUUACGUGCAGGCGUAAAGUUACCCGAUUUUUUUGCGCCGGAGUUGACUGCUCGCGUGCGAACUACAGAGGGUGAAGGGACACCGCCGUCUGGUGAGACAGGGCGCAAGCCACACUUCCCUCCGCCAGGGCACUUUGUUUUUUGCACCAAACUUGAUAUUGCCAUGGAGUCGCCCCUUUCCGUGGAGCUCUUGGAGUAUCUUCUCACGACGUGUGACUGUCGUAUUUUGAACUUUGUCAUUACGGCAUUUCUUGUGAGUGCCAAGGCCAAAUCCCUGGAGUCGCAAUUAAUUGUACUGACAAAUCUGCGACUUGUUUGCCGGGCACUUAAUUUGCUUUUGCCACGUAUUGAUGAGAUAGGUU